UCUAGUUUCUGUCAUGUUAAGUUCGGGAAUAAGCAACCAAAUAAACGUUACAUAUAGUAAAUGAUGCACUUGUAUGUCGAUAGUCUGUUGUUCGGUGCAGUUGCGGAGAGUGUCUAGUGGCUGCUUCGGUGUGUAGUGCAACUUCGGUGUGUAGUGCAACUUCGGUGUGUAGUGCAGCUGCUUCGGUGUGUAGUGCAACUUCGGUGUGUAGUGCAGCUGCUUCGGUGUGUAGUGCAACUUCGGUGUGUAGUGCAGCUGCUUCGGUGUGUCGUGCAACUUCUGUGUGUAGUGCUUUAUUCCGUUGGCGUCUAAUUCCGUACUGUAGCUUGCAAACACCCUGCCCGAACUACAGCAACAAGAACCGAUUUUGUUUCUUUUUUAUUCAGGGAACACUGAGAUUUGUCAGAGAUUGAGGAUUCUUAUUUCUACAUAUUAGAGCAAGGGCGCAGGGCGUUACGUCAGAUCACCUUCGUCACUGUGAAGGUAUACGCGCAUGCGUCCAGGGAAAUGUCUACAACAAGCUGCAAUGCUUUCAGUCAAGAAUAAGCAGCGCAAUAUUUAGUGAUUGUGUGUAGCAGAAUUGGCUAUUAAUGAACAGUGUUUCGAGUAUACAAUGCUUACGUUUUCGCUUAAUCGAUGGGAACUGUGUAUUUUACCCAUUGAAUUUCACGUUAGGACUCGAUCGGAUAGGACAUUGUUGUUACUGGCUAGCUAAACGUACUUGGGACCCGGAAGCGAGUCACACGCCUUAACCAGCCAGCUACCUAUCCGGCUUCGUGUUUUUACAUAAACAAAUGCGAAUCUGUAAGUUGAACUCAUGAACAUAAUCGAUAAGAGUUUCUCCUGCGACCUGAUGAUGGUUCAUCGCCGUCCUCAUGUCGCGACAGGUUAGAGGUUUUGACAUGGAUGUAAGAACAGUGGUACAUUUCGCGGCGUUCACAAGAGUCCUGACUUUAGUCCUGCAGGCUGUGUUUAAUGCCCUGGUUCCGGAUCACGCGGCCGAUGCGUUCAGACCCCCCCGGGCAGAGGAGGCGCGGCUACUGGAUGGGGGGGCGGAGCUAUUGCUGGGGGGGCUGUCCCGCUGGGACGCCGAGCACUUCCUGUUUAUCGCCGAGCACGGCUACCUGUAUGAGCACAACCACGCCUUCUUCCCGCUGCUGCCGCUGUGUCUGCGCGGGCUGGCCGUGGGGCUGCAGCCGCUGGCUGGCUGGCUGACGGUGCGAGGGCGCCUCCUGGUGGCUGUGGCUCUGCUGAACAGCGCGCUGGGCGUGCUGAGCGCUGUGGCGCUGUAUCGGCUGGGCCGCGCGGUUCUGAGAGACCGCCGCCUGGCCCUGCUCUCCAGCUUGCUCUUCUGCCUCUCGCCUGCCAACGUCUUCCUCUCCGCAGGGUACUCUGAGGGGCUGUUCUCUGCUCUGACCUUCGGGGGCGUGUGGCUGCUGGAGGGGAGGUCCGUCCUGGGGGGCUGCCUGCUGCUGUCCCUCGCCACAGCGACCCGCGCUAACGGCCUGGUGAACGUCGGCUUCCUGCUCUACCUGCCGCUGCGCUGGGCGCUGGCGCGAGGCGGGGCGGUGUGGGGGGGAGCGGGGGGGUCCAGCAGGCUGCUGCGUUUAGCGGGAAUCGGGUUCAGCUACCUGCUGACCGCGGCUCUUGGCUCCGCCCUCAUCGCGCUCCCGUUUGCUGUGUUCCAGCUGUACAGCUACAGCACGUUCUGCAGCCCCUCCCUCCGACCGGGGCAGGUCCCCCCGCCCCUGCUCGCCCUGGCAGAGGUCAAAGGUUACCGCAUCGCCGAUGCCACCCGCCCCCCCCCUCCCUGGUGUGAGUGGAGCCCCCCCCUGUUGUACUCCUACAUACAGGAAGUGUACUGGGAUGUGGGCUUCCUGCGCUACUUUCAGCUCCGACAGACGCCCAACUUCCUGCUGGCGCUCCCCGCCGCCCUGCUGGUCACCAUGGCAACCUGGAGCUACGCUGCCGCCAGCCCCGCGCUCUGCCUGCGCCUGGGCCUGUGGGGGGGUCGGGUCACAUGGGGGGGCGAGAAGCCGGCCCCUGGAUUCCUGAGCCCCCAAGUGUUUGUGUACGUGGCGCAUGCUGGGAUCCUGCUGGCCUUCGCCUUCUUCUGCAUGCAUGUGCAGGUUCUGACCCGGUUCCUGGCCUCCUCGUCCCCUGUGCUGUACUGGUUCAGUGCUCACCUCCUCCUGCUGCAUGAGCCCCUUCUCAAGGAGGAGGAGGAGCAGGAGGAGCAGGAGGAGCAGAAGGAGCAGGAUUCUCCUGUGUGCCUCCCCAGGGCAGUAACAGUAUGGACCCAGCUGCUGCCCCACAACGCUGUCACCCAACUGCUGCUCCAGUGGAGGUCCUCCUCCACCCUCUCCCGCUGGCUGCUGGGAUACUUCAUCUCCUAUUGGCUGCUGGGCCUGGCACUGCACUGCAACUUCCUGCCCUGGACCUGAGGCAGGUUGUGGUCAGGGUGUUUACUUCUGUGUUUUCUAGUGCUACUACAGCCAGACCAGUCUACCCUGAGCUCCCCACUACUAUCAGGACAGCAGAGUCUGGAAACUCACCUGCGCACACCUGGGGCUCUGAGAGUGCAUUCAGUGUGGCUAAGAAACCCACCGGCACUAUUCAUUUUGCUGUGUUGUUGUAAAGUCAAAAAUAAAAUGCAUUUAAAUUGGAUUUUUAUACUCCUAGAUAACUAUCAUGUCAAAAUGAGAUUGUGUUUGUAGGUGCCUUCAGAAUUCUAUUUAAAAAAAACCUGGAAAUGGUGUGGUGCAAAGGAAUCUGGAGAGGCUGAAAUCUCCUCAGUCUGAUAUAUGGCACUUUAUUCAUUACAUUACAUUACAUUACAUUACAUUACAUUACAAUGGGGUUAUUCAUCCCCAUUAGCUACAUUCACAGUCCAUAAACAUUACCAGCAAUUUUAUCUGGUAGGUAAAUUGAGCCAUUUUGCUAGAUACAUUAAUUUGGGGAGUUUGGGUGCAGUGGAGGCGGCACGGAUGGUGCAGUGGGUAGCACUGCCACCUCACAGCAAGGAGGUCCUGGGUUCGAAUCCCCGUCGGCCAGGGCCUCUCUGUGCGGAGUUUGCAUGUUCUCCCCGUGUCUGCGUGGGUUUCCUCCGGGUACUCCGGUUUCCUCCCACAGUCCAAAGACAUGCAGGUUAGGCUGAUUGGAGAGUAUAAAUUGCCCGUAGGUAUGAGUGUGUGAGUGAAUGGUGUGUGUGCCCUGCGAUGGACUGGCGACCUGUCCAGGGUGUAUUCCUGCCUUUCGCCCAAUGUAUGCUGGGAUAGGCUCCAGCCCCCCUGCGACCCUGAUCAGGAUAAGCGGGUUCGGAUAAUGGAUGAAUGGAUGGGUGCAGUGGAACAUUUUGUGUGUGCACUAGAAAAUUGAAUUGAGUUGCAGACAAAUUUGAGUUGGAGACAAGAUGCCCAAGUGGAAGUGCAAGAAGGAAAAUGCUGCCCCUCAAUGCUAACCCUAACCCCAACCCCAAUCCCAACCCUCAAUGUACUUUUCAAGUGUUGCCUGGCAUCUGAUAAAGAGCAUAUGUGCAGUUUGUCUUGAUUUUGUGGAAAAGAAAGCCUUCGUGUGAAAGUGUCACUUCCAUUGAUUUUAAAACUGGCAGCGAUGUUGGUAUGGGGUGUCCUUCCAGUAAAUUUGAGUUUCAUUACUAAUCAAUGUGUUAAAAGGGAGGCUUAAUGUUACAGGAUGUAACCGGAUGUUCUUGUGCAGUGAGUAGCCAUUCAGUAUCUGACCAGGUUUAAUGGACUCGAGUCUUAAGCAGCAGGUGGAGGAUGGGGUUUUGGGCUCUGGAGAGCGCAGGGGACAUGGCUUUGUCGGGGUUCCUGUAAGUAAUUUUUCCAAAGUUAAGAGAAGUUGGUACCAUUAUAUGUUGUGUAAUGAACUGAAUCAGACUGGAAGCUAGUAAUGACUUUACAUGCAAAAGAGUUAUACAUAACCAGAUAGCUAGGAUAUAUAAGUAAUCAUGGUGCCACAUUUAUUAGCUGAUUUUGUUGUAAAGUACCUUGUAGCUCGCUAGUUUGUACUUUACACUGGGUAAAACUGGUCCUUGGGGUUUAUCAGCUCACUGGUUAGUUAUAUCACUGAGUUCUAUGAUAAAACGCAUUGAAAAUAAGUUCACCAGUGACAAAGUGACCCAGACAAACUCAUAUAUUAAAAAGAUUUUUCUGGUGUAACAUCUUGUCUUACUUAAAUUGCAAAUCUUCUUUCUGAUUGUUGAUGUGAACAUUAACUGAAGCUCCUGAGCUGUAUCUACAUGCUUGUAUGCAUUGCACUGCUGCCACACAAUUGGCUGAUUAGAUAAUCGCAUGAAUAAGAGGUCUAAUAAAUAAAAAUGUUCCUAAUAAAGUGCUCGGUGAGUGUA